UUGCGGCCCCUGGGCCUUCCGGCUAUAUUUGUCACAGCGCUUUUUUUUUUACGCUAGACGUUAGCAUUCCUGUUGCUUGAGAGAGCGAGUAUCUGCUCAAACAAAAUGGGAAUAGAGGAGGAAGCGGACCGGACGCUCUUCAUAAGGAAUUUGGAUACAAAAGUGUCGGAGGAGCUUUUGUUCGAGCUGUUUGUGCAGGCGGGGCCUCUCAUCAAAACUAAAAUUCCCAAAGACCCGGAUGGGAAACAGAAAACAUUCGGUUUUGCUGUCUACAAACACGAAGUGUCCGUGCCGUACGCCAUGCAACUACUCGACGGGACGUCGCUGUUCGGGAGAACCAUUCACGUGCAGUUCCGAUCAGGUAGCAGUCACGGCAGCAGUCCAGGGAACUCACAGAAUACAAGUCCUGCAAAUAACCCCAAUCCGCAUGGCCAGAGGACCCCGAACCACUUCAAUUCUCCUCCGUAUACUCCUCCGAUCCAAAUGCAGCGGUCCUUUUCCUCUCCCGAUAAUCUCCAGAAGCACGUCAUGAACAACAUGAUGUGGCUCCAGAUGCAGCAGCUUGAGCAGCUGAAUGACAGCUUCUCGAAGAGGCAGCUACCUGCGGGCGGUAACUCUGGCGGGGGGGGCUCGAGGCAGCACGAUAACGCCCACUAUCGGCACUCGCCGCACGUGAACAGCCGAGGCAGGAAUCCGCGCUACGCGGAGGAGGCGACCCCCAGCCGCUAUCCGCAGCACGGCCACGGCCGGGACGGCCAUCACUAUCCGAACGACAGGAGCGGCAACCGUCACCACGACAACCGAGGUGGCAACAGACACCACGACGAUAAGGGAACCAACCGUGGCUACCAAGAUAAUCGGUGGCGACGGUAGUGAGACACGUAGAGACUUUAGUUCUUCACACCUCUGUGGACCGCUUACGAAAAAGAGGGGGAAAAAAAAGACAUGUAUGCUCAGGUUGUUUGUACAUGAUGCUACACAUUGGGACAUUUGAUAACCUUAUGCCUUGGAGACAUUUGGGUUUUUACUUUUAUGGCAUUUUAAAAUUUGUACAAUUCUUUUAUGUGAGUUUUUUCCUCACGGAUGUCAAAAUACUUUUGAGCUGUGGUGAUAGGAGCAAGAAAACAAAACCGAUAUGACUGAUGGUCAUUUGGGAAGAAGAAGAAGAAAAAAUGUAUUCAAAAAAACAAAAGGAUUUAGAACAUUGGGGGUUUUAUGUUUAAAAGCUAUUGAGACGGGGCUGUCAGAAAUUCUUCAGGUACUUUGCAAUAGUUACAGAAUUCCCAGCUAACUUUCCACCAGCACCACUUUUUACGGCAUUAGGUCACCAUCCUUUCUUAAUGUUAGAUCGGCUCACCUUGCUCUUUGUAGAAAAUGGGCUUUAAUUCAAUUUUUUUAUUCUGAGUCUAAGACUGACUGUUUUAAAAUGGACCAUUGUCAUCAUUAUAAAGCCCCUUUCAUUUUGA